AUGGCUAGCAAGCCCAAAACCCCUUCGGAGGCCCAACCAUUCAGCGGAUACAAAGGCAACGUCAGCUGCAUCGAGUACUCCCCUGACGGCCAAAUCAUCGCAACAGGCUGCUCAGAUGGCAUUAUACAACUAUGGAAUGCUCGCACAGGAUCCUUAUCUUGGGAGUUCAAGCCUUCUGAACCCGUAUACUCCCUUGCGUUCGCUCAUUCAGGACGACGGCUUGCCGCCAUCUGCGCAAUGCCGCGUGCUGGAGUUGCCCAUGUUUUCAUGUGGAGCUUAGGCGAUGAAGCUGAAGGCAAUUCGAGCUGCAGGGAUCUGAAGACUUCGUACGACACCGACGGAAGAGCUGCAUCAGGGGCGCAUAUAGUUACGUUCUCGUCGGACGACAAGCACGUCGCCGUCCUCAUGCCUACUCUCGUGGCCUUGCAGGACGCACUGACUGGGAGCAUGACCCACGAGCUGUUCCGAGCGAACAAGAGUUGUCGCCUCGAGUCUCUGUUGGCCUUUACUGCUGCAAAUCGCAAGGUUCUCUUUGCGCACCGCGAACGCUCCCGUUCUGGUCUUUUGCACGUCCGGAGCUUCGACCUAGUUUCAAAAGAACAGGAGAAUCUGGAGCUCUCCUUACCUCCUUCUUCGCUUCUUCGACCUCCGCUUGCCAGCUCUUAUGAUGGAACCGUGGUUGCGGGAGCCUUGUCUCACGACGGUAUCCUGGUUUGGGACACCGAAACAGGCAGCCUACUGCAUGGGCCUCUCCGUGGACAAACUGACACAACAACUUGCAUUUGCUUUUUGCUAAACGGGAAGUGGAUUGUCGGCAGGUCUUCCGACAAAUACAUAUGUGUAUGGGAUUCCUCAACGGACGAACCAGCUUUCGGUCCCUUGAAGCACCGCUCGCAGCGCUCAGUAACGGCAGUGGCUUGCUCACCCGUCGGGGAUCACGUCGUGUGCGUCGAUGAUGACAAUAGCAUACACGUAUGGGACAUCCCCGAGGAAAAGUCGAUUUUGUCAUCCGUGCCAGAUAAUGGAGACCAUAGGUCUCCGCUCCUGCACUCCACUUACGCCAGAGUCAAGUCCAUUCUCUGGUUCCCCGACGGCAGCCAUUUCAUUAGCAGCAGCGAAGAUGAUUACAUCGUCACUUGGGAUGCAUAUACGGGCAAACAAGUCCGCGAGUUCUUGUUCCCAGGAGGCUCUCAUAUAGCCUUGUCCACAGACGGCGCCUUCUUGGCGGUUGGUUCCCUCCGCAAGCCCGGAAAGGUCGUCCUUCUGGACGUCAAGACCGGCGAAGAACAAGCUUCUCUGCUAGAAAUUCAAAGCAAAACGCGCAGGAUAGAAUUCUCCCCGGAUAACUCGACACUAGCGAUCCUUAUGGAGGAAAGUAACUCACUCGAACUGAUUUGUAAUGUUUUUGACCAGCACCAUCGCAAGGUCGAGAAAAUCCAAAGCGCGGAGCCAGUCAUAGACGUCGCUUUCUCUCCAGAUGGGGAGCGCUUCGCCUACGCGACUCUGGGCAACGGCGGCAUCUUCGUCUGCGCUCUCGGCACGAGAGUCGUUACCAUGCACUUCCCAACACACCUCUCUUCUCCCGCCCAAUCCCUGGUAUUCUCCCCAGAUGGCCGUCUGCUUCUCGGUUGUUUGGAUUUAAAUACAGUUACCCUUUGGGACCUUGCGACGACCCAGCCUAUUCUCCACGUCCCGCGGAAACCUACGCGGAACACUAUGGCCGCGUUCUCACCUGAUGGCAUCGCGAUCCUACUCGACUGGAGAGACAACGAGCACCGCUCGGGUGUUGAGAUGUUUUCAGUAGCCAGCGGCGAGCGCCUGUGGCGCAUGGCUCAGGCGUCGGACGUCAGCGCGUUUGCGUUCUCGCCUGGAGGAGACAAGAUCGUUGUUGGAUUUAAGCCUGGUUCGCUGAGCGUCUACGAUGCUCAAACAGGCCGGGCGAUCCUUCCAAAAAAACGCGUCAGAGCAGCAGAAGCCACGAAGAAUGUGGGUAAAGAAGGUCGCGAAAACAGAGUGAAAUCGCGACGGUCACGUCCUGAUCAGCAAAGGAGAGCCGCUGGCCUGGAUGACUUGGAUGAAGACUCAAUCCUGAAUCUUCCUGCAGCGUCAAACCUUGCUGGCUCAGGACGCUCUCCAUCAAAUGGGAGGCAAAACCUAUCGGAUGGCAACCCACGGGGAUUUAAUAAAGCGUUUCACUUCCCGCCUUUCGCAAACCAUAUCACCCUUCCAUUCUGGCCAGCAUACUCGCCGCUGGCCGCAGGCUAUCAGACUCAUCGGCGUUGCUCGGUCCCCGCGUGGCCGCCGCAGGUACGCGAGGAAAUAAACCUGAACGAGAAGACGAAAGCUCGUCAGCCUCAUCUAGCCCGUCACCUGCGGAAUCCACUCGCACAUCCUCCCCGCGCAAUGUUGCUGGUGCUGUAGACUUUAGCAUCCCGGAUGCUCAUGGGGAACAGAGUAGCACGUCCAGCGACAGCGGCUGUUUCGACGCGAUAUUCUAUUGUUUGUGCUUGCCGCGUUGCCGGUGAGGCAGACUCAGUGGAUAUGUGCUAUCGUACACGUAUGUAUGCAUGUUAUGCAUAAUCCGUGUUUGCAUGUGCGCCGAGGGAAACUCCUUGCCUACUGGUGGAAUUAAAGUCCGCCUGCUCAUCCGC